CUGUGUCAACAUGGCUGCACGCGCUGGAGAUAAGCGUGGUCUGGAGCAUUUAGACGAAUAUGAACCAAAACCAGUAAAACAGCAACGAAGUUUGCACGAUAAAAUGACUGAAAAGCGGCUUGUUGUUGUUUUAGAAGGAGCGACGCUUGAAACAGUCAAGGUUGGAAAAACAUUCGAGUUGCUGAAUUGUGAUCAGCAUAAGAGUAUGAUAAUAAAGAAUGGCAGAGACCCCGGAAAGAUUCGCCCUGAUAUCACACAUCAGUGCUUGUUGAUGCUUCUGGACAGUCCUUUGAAUAGAGCAGGACUGCUACAGGUGUACAUUCACACAGAGAAGAAUGUUUUGAUCGAAAUCAACCCACAGACAAGAAUUCCUCGCACGUUUCCACGGUUCUGUGGACUCAUGGUCCAGCUCCUGCACAAGCUGAGUGUGAGAGCAGCAGAUGGUCCACAGCGUUUGUUAAGACUGAUUAAAAAUCCAGUAUCGGACCACCUGCCACCUGGAUGUCCCAGAUAUGCUUCAUCAUUCAAAGCAGGAGAUGCUGUGUGUCCCAGAACUAUUGUCCCUAACGACGGACCAGCUGCUGUUGUCAUUGGAGCAUUUGCACAUGGAACAGUGAAUGUUGACUACACAGAAAAGACAGUGUCCAUAAGUAACUAUCCAUUGUCUGCGGCACUAACAUGUGCCAAAAUGUGUUCUGCGUUUGAGGAGGUCUGGGGAGUGUUAUGAUGAAACGAAACUGUUAGGAACAGUCAUUUUUCUGUCAGGCCUUUGGACUGAAGGUGUGCUUGCAUAUGCAUUUUGAUCCAUCUGUACAAAAAAUAUUUUCAGAUUUCACAACAGAAUAACAUGUCUUAUGUGUUACCAUUUUCAUUUGUACUGAACCAAACAACAGAAUGUUAUAUUUACUUUUGUAUUUUUUACAAAUUAAUACAUUUAAGGUUAUAAGGUUUUCUGUUUGGUGUGUACAAACUCUUUCUUGUGCCAAUAAACUUAUAUCA